AUGAGCUGUGUCCAGACAGUUGGAAACUUACUAUCCGGGUUCUCGAGUCGCAUACAUGUCGGGGACUGGCCUGAGGGGAUGGCCCCUGGCCUGGCUGUGACCUUGGCACCACGGAGGCUCAACAGGGUCCUGAGCACACACUGCGCAGUGCCCUCACCGAUGGAGUGCGAGCCCUGCUGCCAGGUGCUCUGCUCACGCCCUGCUUCGACCGGACGAGGCUGCGAUCGCGCAGGGCCGAGCCGCGGGGCAGCGGCACCACGGUGCACGCAGGCGCUCCCGGGCACCACAGGACGGCCCGCAGGCCCAGGGGCAGCCCUGCCGCAGAGCCAGGACACGCCUCAGCCCGGCCAGCUCCCGGCCUCCCCUGGCCCCCGGCCAGAGCCGCCGCCCUGCACCUCUCCUCCCGCGCCGGCCCCAGCCCGCCCCACGCGCGCCACGCUGCCCCUCCGGCCGGGCCGCCCGGGCCGAGCCCGUGAGGGCGGCGGUGGCUGGCGAGGCCGCGCGGGCGGCGCCCCACGACAGCUGGAGGAGCGCUUCGCCGACCUGGCGGCCAGCCACCUGGAGGCCCUGCGCGUGCGCGACGAGCGAGACCGGCAGAACGCGCGGCUGCGGGAGGAGAACGCGCGGCUGCGGCUAGAGAACCGGCGGCUGAGGCGCGAGAACCGCAGCCUCUUCCGGCAGGCCCUGCGGCUCCCCGGCGACGGCGGCGAGCGGGCGUCGGACGUCACCCUCGGCCCCAACGAUCCCGCCGCCCGGGCGCCUUGCGGAGGCCACGAGGACGGACCGGGCAGCCCGCGGGCCCUGCGCGCCCGGCUGGAGAAGCUGGAGGCCAUGUACCGCCGGGCGCUGCUGCAGCUGCACCGCGAGCAGGAGGGUCCGCGCCCACCGGGAAAUGGCGACCCGCUACCAGCCGGCCCACCCACCCGGGACCCGGACGUCCCCGGCACUCUGGCCGUCUGCAGAGGCCCGGGAGGGCGGGGUGGGGCGUGGCCUGCGCCUGUCCCGCCCACGCAGCCGCGCCCCGCCCCCUGAGCUCGCCGUGGCCUGAGGCGCCAAUCCUCUGCUCACACUCUGCAGGUGGAAGUUCUGGACUGCGUGGGCCUCUGCCCCACCCUUGGGCACUUCCGGGAGUGCGCUACAUCUGCCUGCUAAGCGGAAGGGAGUCGGUUGCUUUGGUUUCCAAGGCCUGCAGAGCACUUGUGGCGGGCCACCAGGCCCAAGUGACUGUAGUCUGACCUGGGUGCCGUGCCAGCACCUCCUAAUUCUUGAAGUUUUCAAAGUAUUGUGAGGACCAGUUGUAUGGUUUUUCCUGUUUUUGGUCUUAGGUGAACUAUGUAUUUGAGUUGGUCAAGUCUGUUCAUUCUUCUGUCCCCUAAAGCCUCCACCGAUAUCUCCUAAGUGACCAGCAUUUUCAAUGUGUUUUAUAAAAUCGGUGUUCCUUGGAUUUCCCAUGAAGUACUUCCUUUUUAUAGAGAAGAUAGUAUUUAUAACUUAGGAACUCAGUCUACACGUCACUCCAGUCCACACACAUUUAAUAUUUUCUGGUUUGUUGGCCCAUAGAGGAUUUUUAAAUUAUCUGUCUACAGAUGGUUGUUUGAGUUGAUAAAUAAAUCUGGUCCAUUUAAAUAUUCUAAAAGUUUUCCAUGACUGUU